AUGGCAAGCUCUGUGGUGUCGGAGAGCUGUGGCGGCGCGGUACCGCAGCAGCAGCUGUGCGACUACCAGGCCGCCAGCCCCGACGAGUGCUCGGCGUCGCCCUGUGCGCCCGGCCCUUGCACAGUGCCUGUGUCGCGGCAGCAGCUGUGCGACUACCAGGCCGCCAGCCCCGACGAGGUGGCGCUCGUCAAGUGGACUGACAUGAUGGGCGUGUCUCUAUACCGGAGGGACCUCCACAACAUUUCACUGAAACUCCGUGCUGCUAACGAGAUCAUGCAGUUCAGCAUCCUGCAGAUAUUCCCCUUCACCAGUGAAAGCAAGAUGAUGGGCAUUAUCGUGCAAGACGAGAACACGGACGUAAUCACAUACUACGUGAAGGGCGCGGACGUGGCUCUGGCGCGUCUGUUGGCGCCGGCGUGGCUGGGCGCCGAGUGCCGGCGGCUAGCGGCCGAGGGGCUGCGCACGCUCGUGGUCGCCAAGAAGACGCUCACCAGGAACGAGUACCUGGAGUUUGAGGCCGGGCGUGACGUGGCGCGUCUACUGGCGCCGGCGUGGCUGGGCGCCGAGUGCCGGCGGCUGGCGGCCGAGGGGCUGCGCACGCUCGUGGUCGCCAAGAAGACGCUCACCAGGAACGAGUACCUGGAGUUUGAGAGCGAGUACAAAGAAGCCCGUCUCAGCGUUCAGAAUCGAAGCGAGCGCACCGCCGCAGCUCUUAGCAAGCUGCACUGCGGCCUGACGCUGCUGGGGCUGACCGGCGUGGAGGACCGGCUGGCCGACCACGUGCCGCGCUCGCUCGCCAUGCUGCGGACCGCGGGCAUCAAGAUAUGGAUGCUAACAGGCGACAAGCUAGAAACGGCGCUAUGCAUCGCUCGCUCGCUCCACCUGGGUGGCGGGACCAACUGGUUCACAGCUAACACCUGCACCUCGCGGCGUGACGCGUACGCCUUACUGCAGGCUCUCACGCAACAUACCGACGAUAUGGAUCUGAUCAUAGAGGGGGAGACGCUGGAGGAAUGCCUCCGCUCAUACGAAGAAGAGUUCGUAGAAGUGCUACAGCGCUGUAGCGGCGUAGUCGUAGCGCGAUGCUCGCCGACACAGAAAGCGCGCGUAGCACGGCUGCUACGAGCGCGGGGGCUAGUCGUAGCAGCAGUUGGAGACGGAGGAAAUGACGUCGCUAUGAUACAGGAGGCCGAUAUGGGCGUGGGCAUCGAAGGCGCGGAAGGUCGCGCGGCGUCGUUAGCAGGCGACGUGAGCGUGCGCGCGCUGUCGUGCCUGGCGCGCCUGCUGCUGGUGCACGGCCGGCGCGCCGCCAUGCGCUCCGCCGCGCUGUGCCUGUUCAUCGUGCACCGCGGGCUCAUAGUGUCCACCAUGCAGGCUGUGUUCUCUGUAGUGUUCUACUUCUCUUCCGUGUCGCUGUAUCCCGGCUUCCUCAUGGUGGGCUACGGGACCGUCUAUACUUUGUUACCAGUAUUCUCGUUGGUAUUAGACAAGGACAUACCAAGUUCCACGGCGCUACGGCACCCGCAGCUGUACAAACAACUGACCAAAGGAAGGCAGCUAUCGUACAAGACUUUUUACAUAUGGACUGGCAUCUCUAUUUAUCAAGGUGGAGUGAUAAUGUACGGCGCGCUAGUGUUGUUCGAGGACCAGCUGAUCCACAUCGUAGAGAUCAGUUACACGGCGCUGAUACUGACGGAGCUGAUCAUGGUAGCGCUGACCGUCAACACGUGGCACCGCCUCAUGGUGGCGGCCGAGGCGGUCAGCUUGCUGAUGUACACCGCCACUCUGCUUAUAUUCACUUCGUACUUCGACGCUGACUUCAUAAGACACUGGGACUUCUGGUGGAAGGUGACCACUAUAACCCUCGUCUCCUGCCUGCCGCUAUACAUCGUCAAGCACAUGCACAGAAAGUGGAGCGCUCGCCAGUACAAGAACAUACUGAAAUGAUCUUCAAUAUCAACGCAUUUAGGUUCAUUACACAAUGUGGCACAAAAGGCCAUUAACAAAAGUG